GGGAGCGGAGCGGAGCGGUCAGUGACCAUGGGGCUGGCGCUGAAGGUGGGGGUCCUGCUGCUGAUCGCGCUGGUCGGCCUGGCGAAGGCGGAUGAGGCACCGAAGGUGGAGGUGUACUCCCGCACGCUUGCCAGGCAGGGAGAGGAAAACACCCUCAACUGCUUCGUGAGUGGUUUCCACCCUCCGAAGAUCGACAUCACCCUCCUCAAGAACGGGGAGCCCAUGAGCGAUGUGAAGUACGCGGACAUGUCCUUCAACGACAAGUGGUAUUUCCAGCGCCUGGUGUAUGCGCCGUUCACCCCCCAGAAGGGUGACGUCUACGUUUGCAGGGUGGCCCAUUCUGCCUUCAGAGAGCCGCAGUCGUUCCGAUGGGAUGCAGACUUCUAAGUUGUGUCUGGGAUAAUCAUGGUCUGAAGAAUUCAGCCUUGCAGAUCAAAAUCUUGAGCUUCUGUAUUUUCUUCACAUCUCACUUGAUGACUGCUCUUCAUCAUACCCACUUUAUUAAGGAAUUCUGCAAUGAAGCUUAUUGUUAAAAUACUGGUCACCGAAAGCAGUAUGCAAACUAGGCUUUUUUGAUCACAUAGCUAUAAAUGUCCACAUUACUGAUUAAAAAACAAUUGUAGCUCUUCAGUGUUUAGAAUUGUACAGGAUUUUUAUUUAAAUAAAAUCAGAAGACUCCACUGGAGUCCUUUAAAAUGUU